AUGCCAUCAGACGCAAUGCCAACCUGUCAUGCCAGACGCCUUCAGAUAAUGCCAGGAUUCAUGCUGAAGGUGUCUGAGAGCUUGUUGUCUGUGCUGAAACAGGUGCCCAGCUGGCGGAGUGUGUGUGUCCUCUACUCUCUGUGCUGCGUUCUCAUCCUGCCAGACAACACUGAAGGGGCCAAAGCACGCUGCGGACGAGAACUAGUGGACGAUCUGGAGUUUGUGUGUGGAGACAGAGGCUUUUACAUAGGCAAACCUGGAGCAGCUCGUAGCGGUGGUCCUCGCUCUCGUGGGAAAGGCAUUGUAGACCAGUGUUGUGUGCGUGGAUGUGACCUCCAGCAUUUGGAGUUGUACUGUGCCAAAUCCAAGAAAGUGCGGCGUGAUGUCUCUGCAUCUCCUCUGCAGACUCCGGAUAACCAGUUCUGGCUGGUGUUUCAGCGGCGAUACCAGAAGUUAGCAGAGCUGCAGCGAGAUGAGGAAUCGGCAUCUCAGAGAAUCAGAGAGCGGACGCUGUAUCAGCAGAACUUAAUAAACACCAAAACAAGCACCCAAACUCCCUCAACACACCUUAGUUCGACAACUGAGAUGCCAAAUUUAAUCUCUCACAUCCGAUAGUCAUGGUGAUUUCUGCAUCUGCAGGACUCUGAGAAUCAAAUGCCCCAGACUUUUCUAUCCUUAAAAAAGUAUGAACCGAGGACUGUAUUAGAGAAACCAAAGGACUAGAGGCCAUGAAAGUGAACACUCAACAUCACGGAGUGCAGUAGUUUGCCAAAUACAAUAUGAAUUGUAUUUUUUCCAUUUUUUUAGCUUGUCUGCAUUGACUUCUGCACAUGAUUUUGGGUAAAUGGUUCAAAAUAAGUUGAAGGCGCAAGAUC